CCAGGGCCGUGUAUCACAUCUCCUUCCCCCAACAUCAUCGACAUCAACAAACCCCCUCCACUACUUACGACCACAACCACAGCAGCCCUCGUCCCUCUGUGAGGGAUGCGCGAAAGGUAAGUCAAUUCUGGGGCUAUUAUUCCACUCUUUUCUGCUCGUUUCCUCUGCCACCUCCUGUUUCCCCGCGAAGUCCAUCGUCGCAAUCGAUCUCCCGUUUGCUGCGACACCGCCUCGGCCCCUCCAACCACCAGCCCCGUCGGUUCCUCCAACAAAACACCGGACACUGCAUAUAUGAUCUCGAUCGUUUGUCUCUGGCCUACGCACCAUUGAUUUUACUCUAUAACCGCCGGUCAACUCAUUUCGCUGCACCGCCAUCGGUGGGAUCUUGUGACGUGGACCCCUGGAACGUGCGCCCCCUACACCGGUCUCGCCUGGUGUGGGCAUAAUGCCUUCUGCCGAUGAGCCUUCCUCAACUCACACAAAUGGGACUAGCUCUCGAUCGGAUCAGCUGGCCCAUUACAAAAAACAGUAUGAGCAACUUGAGUCCGAGCUCGCCGACUUCCAGGCUUCCAGUCGCGAACUGGAGGCCGAGCUAGAGAAGGAAAUCGAGGCGUCUGAGAAGCGUGAGCGACAGCUGAAGGAAAAGGUGGACAACCUGAGAUACGAAGUGGAUGAGUGGAAGUCCAAAUACAAGCAAUCCAAGUCAGAAGCCAGUACCGCCCAGAAUACACUCCAGAAAGAAAUUACCUCGCUGCGGGACACGAAUUUGACGCUACAGUUGAAACUGCGGGAUAUCGAAGUUGCAAAUGAUGAUUAUGAACGCCAGGCUCGUCACACGACUUCAUCCCUGGAGGAUAUGGAGUCCAAGUUUAAUAUGGCUAUAGAGAGAGGGGUUCUUCUGGAAGAAGAGGUAAAACAUGGCGAGCAAGAGCGGGAGGGUUUGCGUAUCGAAAAUCAACGACUUCGGGACGAGUUGAAUGAUCUGAAGAUCGAAACCGAUAUUGUUCAGGAGAAGCUUCGGAAUGGUGGCUGGCGCCGUCGUCCAGCUCCUUUGGGUCGCAGCCCAUCGACGCCGCAUACUCCAGAAGUAAUCGACCGUUCGCCGGGAGAAUCUAUUGUGUCUUCACCGAUGUUUACUACGCCGCCAACGAAGUUGUCGCUGACAUUAGCCUCUGCAAAUGCAACACCGCCAUCACCACCCAUGUCUGAGACGUCAAACAGUAUGCGCAGGUCAUUCAAUGCCGCCUCAGGGUUCCCUCUUCAGAAAGCUGCAGGGUCCUCCGAAACUUUCGGAACGCGGUCGCUAUAUGACAAGAGACCCCCGCGAUUCCAGCCCCACUCCCGGUCGACCUCUUUCGCUUUUAGCAAUGGCCGCUCAACCCCUUCGAUCAGUUCUCGGGUACCUAGUCUUCCUAAGCAGAACACUGCUAACACCAGUAUCGCCAACAACAACAACAACAACAACAACAACAACAAUAAUGCCGCUAACCGCCCAUCUGGGAUACCGAAGUCUGGUUCGCUAUAUCAGAUACGUGGACUCAUUGGAAAAAUGCAGAAGCUGGAAGAAAGGGUUCAAUCCGCCAAAUCCAAGCUACCCCCUCCAUCCGAGUCCGGUUCGCGCGCGUCCUCCCGCGCUGGAUCGGUUCUUGCUGACAGUCCCGGUGCAUCGAAUCUUUCAAUGCGUCGGGAUCCCCGCAAGCGGCUGAGCGGCAGCAGUUUCAGCUCGUCUAUUCGGGAAGGCGAUGGCGCACCUCCAUAUCUCACAUCAAGCCGCCCAUCUUACGGGACUAGGACUCAGGGAGACAGCCGUCCGAGCAGUCGCACGAGUUUCUCCAGCUCUUUCAGUCACAGCACUCACCCCAGCGUGACGCCUUCAAAUCGCCCAGAGAGUCGCCAAAGCCGUACGAAGACUCCUCUGGGUCACUAUUCCACCAAUCCUACAACAGAAAGCCGAAGACCACGUUCGUCACUCAGCAACCCGGCGGGGCAGUCUACCCCAAUCAAUGGCAUGUCUUACAUAGAUGAGGAUGAUGAUCUUGCCCAGCAGAUGUCUAUGCGCGCGACAGUGAGUGAAGCUCGCCCUAGUCGCCUGCCAUCAUUCUCCACUCCGACUGGCCUAAAGAAACGAGCCACAAGCGGUGUAUCCGGAAUACCAGUCUCUGGAAUACCAGCACCCCGAGGCUUGCGCCGAGAACAUACCAUGGGUCCACCCAAACCAAAGCAGAAAGCGAACGACUUGGGUGAGACUUUUUAGAUUGCUGCGUGCAGUAAACUCUUUGGUUUUUGUUUUUCAUUUCACGAUAUUUGACGGCUGGCACGCUGUUUAAUCACCAUACUUGACCGUUCAGGAUGCGGAUUGUUGAUCUUUGGUCCCCUUUUCAUGGUGUUAUUGGAAGAUCCCGAUCUCGGAGUACCUUGGAAGGGUUAUUUGCUCCACUUGUUUAUAGAUUGGGGGGUUCUUGUUAUAUCUAUCACCACAUACCUGUACAGUCAGAGACUUGUAUCUGAAAGUGUGGCGUUUUUUAUGUUUGCCGGGGGCCAAAACUUUGAAAAAGUUCAAGUCCUAUCGGCGUCCAAGCUGUUUCUCAGCACCUAUUUCUUUGGUUGUACCUCUGGUCCUGUGUAUCGUUGUCUUAGGCGUUAUAAUACCCACUGACUUUGAAAUUGAUCAUCUACAAGGACUAAUAUGG